AUGGUGACUUGUCUCCGGAUAUCAACUGUAAAAAUGUCUGGGUCUGGAAGGAUGCAUGUUUGUCAUGCUUGUCUUGCAUGACUCUUAGAUCUGUCAUGCACGUUACCCAAGAGCUCCAUUUUUCUGUGAUGCAGGAACGCACUUUGUCAUGCACAAUAGGCAACACCUAGAAGCUCAGAAACUUGUCAUGCUGAGCCAGCAUUUGUGGCCUCAUCAUGAGACGCCACCCAGCAUCACAAGCUUCCAGACCCAGACAUUUUUACAUUUGAUACCGGAAAGCCAUGUACGGCAUGCAGGGGAAAUAUCGCAAGAAAAAACUGGUGUCUUGGUCUCAAGCUCAACUUGUAAAAAUGCGGGACAUUUUGUUGUUCCUUAAGACAGUUUUUUACCAUGCUGGACGAGAUACAUCUUUCAGAAUGGGUUUAUUUCUCUUGCUGUCUGCACGCAUCAGACAUUUUUUGUAGUUUCUUGUUUCGCCACAACUUUGUAUUUACUGAGGUCCCCAAUGGAAACGCUACCGGUAAGAACGCUUGAGACUGAGAUAGUGUUUUCGUACGAUACGAAAAGAAGAAACAGCAGUGAGGAAGAUAAUCAUGUCGAGAGGACAUCUUCAAGCAGUGCGAAUAAGCUUCCAACCUCCACAACGAUGAGAACAAAGACGAGUAGCGGUGGAGCAAAGGACGCUGAGGAUACGGACGACGAGGACGAGGAGGAAAAUGAUGUAUGAAUUGCAAAAGUAUCGUACUCGUAGUGAUUGCGUUUAUGCAUUACAAAUCUGUUUGUCAAGAAGGUAAAAAGCAGCAGUACAAAUUUAACUUGUACUGCCGGGCUAAUUUGAUGUGAUGCAAUGUAUACUAGUACGAUACUCGUGCAUUGCAUAUGAUGAGCCUCCUGGCAAAAGCAGCAGCUCUACCGGGAAGAUCCUUGGAAAUUCAGCCGCAGCUGCGAACAAAGGUGGAGGCACGAUGAUCCGUC